AGAAAACGAGUUUCCCCUUCCUACCGCCCUCUGAUGAGGGGGAAGGACCAACUAUUUAAGAACAGCAAAUAUUUGCGACCACGACAUAUUGUCUGUGUCACCAUGGCGUUUCUCGUGUCACCCUACCUGCCGGCAGUUGCUGCCGCGAUUCUGGUUUCCGUUUUGCUGUUUCAACUGCGACCUAAUAAGCAAUCACUACCACCAGGAACAAAGUUGCCACCUGGCCCGCCAGGGAAACUUGUAAUCGGAAACCUCCUCGACAUACCUCCCCAGCACUCGUGGUUCAAAUUCCAUGAGCUGCUGCAACAGUAUGGCCCCAUCGUGAGAAUCACCAUUGCAGGCCAGGAGCAUGUCCUCCUAGGCAAAGAGCGGUUGGCCAACGACCUGCUACGCGAGCGCGGGAACAUCUACAGCGACCGGCCGCAGCCCAUCGCGUCGGUCAAGCUCCUCUCCGACGACCGCUUCGUGCUGUUCCUGCCCUACGGCGACGUGUGGCGCCGGUGCCGCCGCCUGAUGCACCACGUCACCAUGUCGGCCGUCGCCCCGGCCUACCAGCCCGAGCAGACCAUCGAGGCCGUGCGGCUGCUGCGCGACAUCAUCCGCGACCCCGCCGACUACCAGGCGAUGUUUGAGCGCUUCAGUGUCGGCAUCGGCAUGCGCCUCAUCUACGGCCAGCGUCUGGCCUCGGGCCACGACAGUGACGCCCGCACCAUCCUUGACAUUGUGCACGAGCUCGAGAGGGUGGGCUCGCCGGGCGCGUACCUGGUCGACAUCUUCCCCGCCAUGAUGUACAUCCCCGACUUCCUGGCGCCAUGGAAGCGCUACCUGAAGGGGAGGCAGCGCACGGACGAGGCCUUCUUCACCGAUAUGGUGAACCGCGCCAAGCGGGACAUGGACGCCGGGAAGACGUACAAGUCGUGGGUGAGGACCUGGCUCGAGAAAAAGGAGCAGUGGGGCCUGGAGGAUGGGAUAGCCAUCUACCUGUUCGCCUCUGUCUUCGACGCAGCCGCCACCUCGACCUCUUCGGCCAUGAUGUCCUUCGUCCUGGCCAUGGUGCGCUACCCGGAAUGCUUCGCCAAGCUGCAGGCCGAGCUGGACCGCGUCGUCGGCCCCGACAGGCUCCCCACCUUCGACGACAUGGCCGACCUGCCCACCGUCCGCGCCUGCGUCAAGGAGACGCUGCGGUUCUAUCCCGUCACGGCGGGCGGGUUCCCGCACAAGCUGACCCGCGACGACGUCUACGAGGGCUACUUCCUCAAGGCCGGAACGACGGUCCACCCGGUGCAGUGGGCCAUCCACCGGGACCCGGAGCUGUACCCGGACCCGGACGUCUACAACCCCGACCGCUGGCUCGAUCCGUCCUUCCCGACCUACCGAGAGCCUCUGACGGAGUACCCGAACCUGCAGGGCUUCACGGCCUUUGGGAACGGGCGGCGCAUCUGCCAGGGUAUUAACAUCGCCGAGAGGAGCUCCAACUUGCAGGUCGCGAUGCUCGCGUGGGGGUGCGACAUCCGCAGGGCCAGGGACGCCGAGGGGAACGAGAUAGUGCCGCCCUUCUACGAUUUCUCUGCUGGCUUCAACGUCGCCCCCAAUACGUUCCCGUUUGACUUGACGGUCAGGAGCAAGGAGAAGGCUGACCUGAUUGAGAGGGCUUAUCAGCAGAGUCUGGAUGACGACCCCUUGCUCUGAAGGGGUUAUUGUGAUUGGGUCAGUUCGUACAACGUUUCCUGGGCCUCGCGAUCUUCUUGAGACUGUGGCAAGAUAUGCAUAUAUGGCAGGAUAAGGGGGCGGGCGUUGUUGCUUCACUUUUAGGUGAUAAUCCCAAUAUGAAGGUCUCUUACCUCUUGGUUAUCUGGUCCACCAUGAUUGGAGGCUGGUGAUUUUGGUGGCCGCGGACGUGCAUAUCAAGAAACUGCCUUGGUUGAUUCCAUCCCAUAGUCUCGGGCUUCAAUGGCCCGUUCAGAUUGCGGAGCAAUGCACCCCUGCAGACGUGUUCAACGACAUCCUCUUCUCCAAGGGUGCGGUCCGUUUAUUCAAGUAUGUUAUGCAUAUGUAGAUGAAUACAAUGUAAGUAGGGUGAGGUGUGAAUUCAAGGGUUAAUCCGAGGA